AAUCCCUCCCCGAACCCGACCCGAACCCAUUAAACGAAAAGCCAUUUCUUCCCAAAUCCCGACUGCGUUCGGUGCCCUAGCCGCCUGCGACUCGUUCCAGCGACUCCUUCCAGCGCCGCCUCCGGUCGACGCCGCCUCCCGCACCAGUAGCACCUCCGGUCGACACCACCUCUCUCUCUCACGGUCUCACUUUCCUCUCUCUCCGGUCAACACACCUCCAGUCAACUUCGUCUCUGUUGGGCUCCGUCCGCAACAGAGAGAACAAGUAGAGACUUGAAAGUUUAAGAAAUGAGACAAAUAACGGUCUUUUUGAUAAAUAGCGCCAAAUAGCCUUAGCGGUACCUCGCCGCGACGCGCCGCGAUCCGCUAUCAGCUUUAUCUCUCUCUCUCUCUCUGAUGGCUGCUGCUCUACGAAUGUAUGGCGACUCUCUCUCUCUUCUCAAAACCCAGCAAGGAUUCAACUCAAGUCGAAGAAAGCAAGGGCUUUUCAUGGCUUCCGCUGUUCCUGCGGAGCAAAAAAUAGAGGGAUCUCCGAAGCAAGUGACUGGCGAUUCUUUCAUCCGUCUCCAUCUCAGAAAGCUCUCUCCCUAUCAAUCAAUCUUGCCAUUUGAGGUGUUAUCCACACGCCUUGGCAGGAAGCCUGAGGACAUCAUCAAGCUUGAUGCAAAUGAAAAUCCAUAUGGUCCACCUCCCAAGGUGGCGGAGGCUUUAGGAACAAUACGAUUUCCUUAUGUUUACCCUGAUCCUGAAACCCGUCGAUUACGUGCUGCUCUUGCUGAAGAUUCAGGUCUUGAAUCUGAUUAUAUACUUGCUGGUUGUGGUGCAGAUGAACUUAUUGAUCUAAUUAUGAGAUGUGUGCUUGAUCCUGGUGAUAAGAUUGUAGACUGCCCUCCAACAUUUACAAUGUACGAGUUUGAUGCAGCUGUUAACGGGGCACUGGUCAUUAAAGUUCCAAGGCUGCCAGAUUUUUCUUUAGAUGUUUCUGGCAUUGCUGAAGUUGUCAAAGAGGAAAUGCCAAAAUGCAUUUUCCUUACAUCCCCAAACAAUCCAGAUGGAAGUAUAAUCGAUGAUGAAGAUCUCUUAAAGAUUCUUAGCAUGCCUAUAUUGGUUGUACUGGAUGAAGCCUACAUAGAAUUCUCUGGUCUGAAGUCGAGGAUGGACUGGGUAAAGAAGCAUGAAAAUUUGAUUGUCCUCCGGACAUUUAGCAAGCGAGCAGGGUUAGCUGGACUUCGUGUUGGAUAUGGUGCAUUUCCUCUUAGCAUUAUCCAAUAUCUAUGGAGGGCAAAGCAACCAUAUAAUGUGUCUGUGUAUGCUGAAAUUUCUGCAUGUGCUGCCCUAAGCAAUCCUAAUUAUUUGGAGAAGGUGAAGAAUUCUCUAGUUCAGGAAAGAGAGAGGUUAUUUAGUCUUUUGAAGGAAGUGCCUUACUUGAAGCCGUUCCCAAGCUAUUCUAACUUUAUUCUUUGUGAGGUUACAUCUGGGAAGGAUGCUAAGAGAUUAAAGGAGGAGCUUGCACAGAUGGGCGUUAUGAUUCGUCAUUACAACAACAAGGAAUUGAAGGGAUAUGUUCGAGUCUCUGUUGGGAAGCCUGAGCACACUGAUGCCCUCAUGCAAUGCCUCAAACUCCUCCAAUGAUGACAAACUUUUAUAUGGUAAUUCUUGUAAACAAGGAUAAUUUUAUUUUUCAAUUUAGGAACUUGAAUUGUAUUACAUUAUCUGAUAAUUGCCCCAAUAAUUCGAAAUCAACAAACCGAUGUAGUUUCUAUUA